GGUUGUUCCAUUUCUUCAAGACACCGCAUUAGUUGAGCAUAUGAUGUGCUAGGGCUUACCAUUCCCUCUUGCCCCCAAUUUGCCCCUCUCGGUGCUUCUUGCGCGCUUUUAUCGAUAACCACUUGUAUAUCGCAUAAGCAAUCAUGGAGUCCUCGAUGCAAAAUUCGAAUCCGACUAUUUUGAAUGCUGCAGAUCUUCCCACCCGUCUGCGUCCUUCAUCAUGCAAAGCGGGCACUUACGGAGGCGGAAUCCUUGCGUCAGCGCUCCCCUCUCUAGCGGAUCCCACCAACUUCAGUCUUAGUGAAUCGGAAGAGUCUGAUGAAGAUGUCGAUUUGAUGGAAGAGCCGAUUGAUGAACAGGAGAUCUACGAUCUUGUGUCGACCAUAUCCGACCCCGAGCAUCCCAUUUCACUUGGAGCUUUGGCAGUCGUUUCGCUGCCUGACAUUUCUAUCAAACCAACCUUGCCGGAUGUACCGAGCUCGCUUCUUCGGACAGUAUCCGUUCUCAUAACCCCGACGAUAACACAUUGCAGUCUGGCUACAGUUAUAGGUCUUGGUGUACGAGUUCGAUUGGAGCAAUCAUUACCUCCGCGUUUUCGCGUGGAUGUCCGGAUCAAGGAAGGGACACAUAGUACUGCCGAUGAAGUGAAUAAGCAAUUGGCCGACAAAGAAAGGGUGGCUGCUGCACUGGAAAAUGGUACGCUAAUGGGCGUCAUCGCAAAGAUGCUCGAAACAUGCCAAUAAUCCGAUUGUACUGCUAUUCGGACGCCGUUUAUGACCCUCGUCGGCGUCUCUACUAUGUCAUAAGAAUACCCGUUUCGAUGAUGACUCGAUUUGACUUCCGAUAGUUAUACAACAAUAUGAAAAAAGGAACAAGAGCCACUUACGGCACUUGUUGCCGCUUCUUUCCACCUAUCGACAAAAAAUAGCUCAGGAGUCUAAAACGCCACUUUCCUUCAAACCUUUC